GCAGGGCAGGCCGCCGGUGUUCGUGGUGCAUCCAUCUUCCUCCCGGUCCUCCGUUCGGUUGGCACACCGGGAGAUCGGCCUGGUUCAACGUUAACGGCGGUUUAUCGCUCGUCGAAAUGGCGUCAAACGAUUAUUCUCAAAUAUCUGGCCAGGGCUAUGGGUCCUAUGGAGGAGGUGGAGGUGGUGGAGGAGGUGGAGGAGGUGCCAACCAGGGCUACGGCCAGUCCUCUGGUCAGAGCUACAGCCAGCAGGGCUACGGAGGCUACAACCAGAGCGCCGACAGCAGCGCCUCCUACAGCCAGGGCGGAGGCUACGCCAGCUACGCCGCAUCCCCGUCAGGAUACGAUUCUCCACCCUCUAACCCGGGGCGCGGAGCAGGCGGAGGCCCCGGCGGUUACAACAGCAGCCACCAGCCGGCCUCCUUCUCUGGGUACGGCCAGCCUCCGUCUUCAUCCUCCGCGGGCUAUGAGGGGAACUCGCACUACAACCAGCCGCUGAGCGGCGGACAGAGCAGAGGUGGCAGCGGGGGUCAGACCGGUGGCUACGGGGGUAGCGGGGGUCACCAGCAGCCGUCCCCCCACGGAGGAGGCCACUACAACCAGCCUCCGAGCUACAGCGCCGCCCCCCCACAGGGCUACAGCCAGCCGAGCCCAUACGGUCAAGGCGGAGGAUACGGAGAUGAAAGCCCACCGCCUAGCGGAGGAGGCGGAGGGUCCGGAGGUCCCGACGGAGAUCACGGAGGUCAGGACCGCGGCGGCAGGGGACGUGGCGCCGGCGGAUUCGGAGGCCGCGGUGGCGGCGGGGGAUAUGAUCGCGGUUUUGACCGAGGCGGACCAAGAGGAAGAGGAGGCAUGGGAAUGGGCGAUCGUGGAGGAUUCAGUAAGUUUGGUGCGUCGGACUCGGACAACAACAACAACAACAACACCAUCUUCGUCCAGGGUCUGGGAGACGUGUACAGCGUGGAGUCAGUGGCCGACUUCUUCAAGCAGAUCGGCAUCAUCAAGAUCAACAAGAAGACCGGCACGCCGAUGAUCAACCUGUACACGGACCGGGAGACGGGCAAGCCGAAGGGGGAGGCCACGGUGUCCUUCGAUGACCCCCCCUCAGCCAAGGCCGCCAUCGACUGGUUUGACGGGAAAGACUUCAAUGGGACCCCCAUCAAGGUGUCCUUCGCCACCCGCAGAGCCGACUUCGGGGGCCGAGGUGGGACGAGGGGAGGCCGAGGCCGAGGAGGGCCCAUGGGGCGAGGAGGGUUCACGGGGGGGCGAGGUGGAGGUUUCCCAGGAGGCAUCGAGGGCAACGGAGGAGGAGGUGGAGGAGGUGGAGGACAACAGAGAGCCGGAGACUGGAAGUGUUCAAACCUAAACUGUGGCAACCUGAACUUCUCGUGGCGUAACGAGUGCAACCAGUGCAAAGCCCCGAAGCCUGAGGAUGCUGCUGGGAUGUCCCCGAUGGAGAGAGGUGGGACUGCAGCCCGAGGAGAGCGCAGAGGGGGCUUCAGGGGUCGAGGAGGAUACAGCCCCAGGAAGAUGGACGCCAGGGAAGACCACAGACAGGAGCGGCGGGGCCGUCCCUACUAG